AUGCAUGUUGUGUUCCUCCUCGCCAUCGCCCCGCUGCUCCAUGCAGCUCGUAUUGACUUCAAGGAUGCCGCCGCUUCGCCCGAAACCGCAGCUGAGGACCUGAUGGGAGGAAAUGCAAAAUUGCAGCGGCUGAGGGCAUUCAACGCGACUGGUUUUCGCAUGCUCCGAGAGGGUGCCGACCUUCCACUGGUGGCAACGAGUUUCGCCGAGACGGACACUGCCAAAGAUUUGCCGUUGGAGUGGAGAUCACAACUGAAGAUCGUAAGCAAGCUCGGAGAGGGCUCGUUUGGAACAGUCUACAAGUGCCAAGUCCUGUGUGCCAGCACACCGUCAUACGUAACAGUGAAGUUCAUAGAAGGAAAAUCCUCCAUGGUGAAGAGGGAGAUCAAGCUGCUAAAAAAGAUGAGCGGAGUUUCAGAUUUCUGUGUUUCAGCGAUUGGCUCGCCCUCUUCCAUUGACACGGAGACCGGCUACUGGAUCAUGAUGCCCCUCAUGAACAGCGGCGAGCUUCAAGACUUGCUCCUGCGGUGCGAGGCAAGCACCUGCAGGAACUGCAGCAGUACCAGGAACUGCUGGUCCAAGCUCAAGGCUCCUUACACGACUCCCUACAUGCUCGCGCUCUUUCUCGACGUCGUCAAGGGCGUGAGGGCGUUUCAUGAACAGACGGGCUAUCUUCACGCGGACUUGAAGCCCGAGAAUGUGAUGAUCAACUGUGAGGCUGACAGCUGCUUCGCGGCGGUCAUCGACUUGGGUCUGGCUUGCGAUCCCAGAAAGCCUCGCCAAUGCGGCCGCCGCGGCACUCCCGGGUAUGUUGCCCCUGAGGUGUGGAAUGACGAUUCGCGUGGUGCACGGUUGCCCUCGCGUGAUGUUUGGGCAUUGGGCGCCAUCUUGUAUGAGGUGGUUUACUCACACCUCCCUCCAUUCUACGCAGAUCGCAAUGGCAGCAAGGCGACAGCGUACAACCCACAUGAUGAUCCGAACAUUCCAAAGCCUCCCAAAGCCAUCGACGAGUUGGUCAUUCAUAUGCUGGAGCCCGAUUUUGAGCAGCGCCCGAACAUGAGCGUGAUAGAGUCGAGCCUGCAGGCCGUCAUUGAGUCGACGAGCGACUGGCGUGCCCGGAACAUGGUUGCCGAGUCAUCGUCCGAGCGGGGAGCAACUGCCCCGAUCCCGAGCUGCCUCUCAGAGUCUCAUGCUGACCCGUGA